AUGUCGUACUAUACUCCUACUGCGGAUGUUGUUUUUAGAGCUGCUGAUUCUGGCCGUCGAGGCGGUCAUUUCUCCUUCUUCUCAUCUCCAACGGCUUCAUACGCAGACAAUCGUUCUGCAAACCCGUUACCGGCCGCCCUAGGUGCACAGCAGACAAAUGUCUCUGUUGAUUCGCCAUCUCAGCAGCCUGAAUAUCCCAUUGUGACGGCCCCAGAUCCUGCCGUAGUCACUGCCCAUCGGCGACAACCAACUAAUACUCGAAGGAAUUUGCUGGCUGCAGGGACCCCCGCACAAUUCGAUCGCAUCCCCCGAUCGCCUUUUCGCAAUCGUGCUGCCGCUACUGAUUCUACUUCCUUUUAUCGUUUACCAACUCGAUUCGGACCUGGUCGUCUUUGGAAUCCUACCAAUUCAACUCCAAGAAUUCCUUCUUCAUCUCAAACACCACGACGCCCUCAUCAACCUCGCAAACGCCGUCCAUCCACACCACCGCCUCCUGCCGUACCCGUCAACCAUCCUACCAUUCAAGUUUCAUCAGACCUAUCCGAACCUAUUGGCUUUGGAGCAGGCGACUAUCCACUCCUUCCACUUCACGAUAAAUCGGCACGGACCAGCCCGCGUCUAGAGGGUAGGGUUAGUUCCGAUAAGAGGAUAAGCCUUCCUCUUUCGAUCCGAGCUUCUUACGACGGCAAGCGCAUUUCUAGUCCUCCACAGGAUCCACAGGAGACUGAAGCUGGGCCAUCAGAACCCAAACCCAAGGCCGAACGACUUAAAUUCACUGGGUUGAGGAAGCAUAGCCAGAGUGUUACGAAGCGUGCAAGAGCUAUAAGCUUUGGACUUGUUCGACCUGAUACAUCUGAAAGCUCCCCUCAGAAGCUUGACAAGGGAAAGGGGAAAGCCGUCAUGUCCCCAAUAGGAAAUGAUGAUCCUAAGAGGUCAUUCUCCGAAGACUUAGAAAGAGGACCAUCUGUGUUAGGCCACCGACAUAAUGGAUCAAACAUAUCACUGCCGCCCGGCAUUGGCUCGGCUAUAUCUUCCAGCGAUUCUUCCAUUAUGGGUGAUCCUGAUCAACCAGAUCUAGGCGAAGAAUGGGGGCCGCAGCACCCGUGUUAUCCACAUUUAAAUCCCCAUGUACCCAUAAAUUCUCCGGAAUACUCGAGUACGCGGAUUAUACGUAUUCGGAGAGAUUGGCUAGUAGAAGGAGAUUUGGCGCCUACCUUUUCAAACCUUUAUCCAGAGAUUUUAGAGCCGGCAGGUGUAUCAGAGCAGCAGUUCCGUCAAGUUAUCGAAAAGCUUAAUGGGGAGCUCGUACCUAUAUUCAGCCCCUAUAACUGGAGAAACAUCCUCGAUGGCGUAUUGGGUUUACUUACGGGAUGGUUAUGGGACGACCUAGGAUUCACGUAUACUAAGAUGAGGUUACGUCACUUAGAGGAUUGGAUUGAGCAGUGGAAUAAGGAGAUGGAGAAAACAGUAGGCUCUGAUGAAAAUACUAUUCCUCCCAAAAUCAUCUCGUUAAGACGCACAGGAUAUAUGAAUCUCGACUUUCAAAUUCCUGAUCCAGAGAUAGCACCCGCUUCAAGCGAGAGAUCAGGGUCAAGAUCCGGUCCAAAUUUACCGGCCGAACCUAAGCCAGCCAUAUUAGUCCAGUCGCCCAUCAAAGCAUAAUCACAGCCUUCCAUUCUUCAUUACACUAAUCCCCUGUACAAAUUCAUUUUUCACUUCAUACCUUAUUUAAUCGGACUCGACCCAUCGGGGGCUGUACGAAUUACGAAGAUACCCACAGCAUACCUUCUGCACUUUCGCCAUUUACUCUAAUCAUGUAUCUAUUACGGGAGCCAGGUCUCUCUCUUCUUUUCUUUUCUUUUCUCCGAGUGUUGGAUUCGCUAGCUUAAUAUCAUAGCAUGGCGUGGCGUUGUUAAGGGCAUAACCGACAUUGUUUUACCACACGCUUUUUUUAACGUCGAUGAGUAGUCGAGAUAGAACAAGUCCCAAGAUGACCCGAAAGUAAUGGCAGGUCAGACGUCAGUUAUACAUUUCUUCUUGAGAGAGACCAAAGAAUUGGGAACAUUCCGCCCGCGAGGGCCCUGAAUGGAUGAUUUACGCAUUGAGAUAGUUCCGGUCAUCAACUGUCAAUAAUAAUUAUACCCACCCCUAGACUUGACUUGACUUUACUUCACUUGAAUUUGGACUUGGACUUUGAUUAAACUACCUAACGUAGGGAUUCGUUUUUUCCUAUGAAAUCAGAUCGAGCAAUUGCUAAAGGUACCUAAGGUAGCUUAGUAUUAAAGUGCCUGAAUAGCUGCUAUACCUACCUCCUAAUAUUACUGGCAACGCGAGCUUCUAGCAGACAGGAAUUAACUAGCAUCAG